UAAUUGUUUAAAGCAAAUAAAAAUGAUUUAAAUACUGAAGCUACAAUUUUUAAAAACAUAAAAAAAAUUAAAAAGUUGUAUUUGAACAUUUUACGGUAAGUGCGCACCUAAUUUUGAUAUUACAUUUUUAUUUGAACACAUUAUAGAAAUCAAUAAAUAUUUGGAUUUUUAAUUUACUCGAGUAUUUUUGUAAUUGAAAUUUUUCUCCGAUACGUGCAAAGUGUAAGUAUUGCAUGAACUCCAUCAUAUUUUGUAACCAUAGCAUCUGGCAUUUUGCCAAAUAAAUUCCAGAAAUAAACCAUAACUUAUGCGUGCGAACGUUUGUAUUAACCGCAUAUUACCGCUAAUCUAGUUUAAGAAGUGUCCAUCAUUACAAUGGAGCGUCAUAACAUACAUUCAAGUGGCCACGGGUCUUUUAGGAGUAGAGAUUCGACAUCGUCGACCGGCAGCGAUCCGCGUGAAAAAAUUAAGGAUUGCCUGCGGAAGUUCAUAGCGUUUAUGUUUACGCAAGUAGGUGUUGGCGCGCUCGUAGUCUGCUACGCGAUAUUAGGUGCUGCAAGUUUCAUGCACAUUGAGAAGGACAGCCCUGAUGAACAGUUGGAGAAUGUGAAGCAGUGGCGACGAAGUUGUGUUGAACAGCUGUGGAAUAUAACUAACAGAUAUAAUGUUUUGAAUCAAACAGCCUGGAUGUACAAUAGUAACAAUGUAUUGAAGGUGUUCCAAAACAAUAUUACAGCAGCUAUACAUUUGGGAUACAAUGGGAGGUCCCCUGAAGAUAUAUGGUCCUUUCCUGCAGCCCUCAUGUACUCAUUAUCAGUGUUUACAAUGAUUGGUUAUGGGAAUGUAGUGCCAAAGACUGUUUGGGGUAAAGUUGUAUCAAUAGCAUACGCUUGUUUCGGGAUUCCUAUAUAUGUGCUCUACUUCUGUAACAUGGGAAAGGUGCUGGCACAGUCUUUUAAAUGGUUGUAUAUAACAGCACAUGAAUGCAGUCGGCGAGAGGAUCCGUUGCUUGAAGAUGGAGACGUCCAACCAAAGAGGAAAAUCACAGUUCCUUCGACAGCUUGUCUAUGGGUUAUUUCCUUCUACAUCCUGACUGGGACCAUAAUGUUUGGAGCGUGGGAGAAAUGGAACUACCUGGACUCGACUUAUUUCUGUGUUAUCAGCUUGUGCAAGAUUGGUUUUGGUGACUUUGUCCCGGGAGCUAAUAUUGCAGAUUCUGCUGAAGGUUCACACUUGAAGCUGGUGAUUAAUUUUAUUUAUGUUCUGCUGGGAAUGGGUUUAGUGGCUAUGUGUUAUAAUCUGAUGUGCGAGGAUGUUAGGGUCAAAGUUAGAGAGUUAAAGGAGGAACUGAAGAACUGCCUUGAUGAUAUCACAUUGAAGAUAACUGUGUGUAUGAAUGAUACUAAGUAUUAUCAUCAAAAGCAGACAAGGAAUAUUAAAUGAAGCGUGUAUAAAAACUCUUUGGUUGCUUUUUUAAACCUUUAAGGUUUUUCUGUGAUCUGUGCAUUUUUAAAGCGGAUCAGAUUUUUUGAUAAUAAUUGUUCUAUUCUUUUUGUAUUUUUUUAAAGUGCAAGUUGUGUUGUUGUUGUCCAAGUGUUGUUUUAAUUAAACAAGUAUUUAUAGAGUGUUAAGUUCAAGGAAAAAUAAUAACAAUUGCAGAAAACAAAUAUCCUAACUGUAAAUUACAAGCAAUAAAAAAACUUGAGUUGGUUUAAUGUGCCUAAUAAUAUACUUAUAAAUACUCAGGUUUUUAGAAUUAGAGAAUUUGAG